AAUACAGCAAGACAGGAUACCUCCAUUUCCCGUCUGCAAGCGCUCUCCUUCAACCAUUUCACGCCUCAGGCCUUCCCCCGCUGAUGAUCGCCGGUCUGACUCGUCGUUGAAGCCCGUUUCCGAUCAUGGGAACUUCUGUUAACAUAAUUGUUGGGUCGCAUGUCUGGACGGAGGAUCCAGAAGAGGCAUGGAUCGAAGGAGAAGUCGUUGAAAUCAAAGGCGAAGACGCCACGAUCGUCACUACGGAUGGGAAGACGAUUGUUGCUAAAGUAUCAGGCAUUUACCCUAAAGACACGGAGGCACCACCAGCUGGAGUAGAUGAUAUGACUAAGUUGGCCUAUCUUCAUGAACCUGGAGUUCUGCAAAACCUCUCAGCUCGAUUUGCGCUAAAUGAGAUUUAUACGUACACAGGAAACAUUCUAAUAGCAGUCAAUCCUUUUCGAAGAUUGCCACACUUGUAUGAUGUUCAUAUGAUGGAACAGUAUAAAGGAGCUGCAUUUGGGGAGCUCAGUCCACAUCUUUUUGCAGUUGCAGAUACUUCAUAUAGAGCAAUGAUAAAUGAAGAAUUAAGCCAGUCCAUACUGGUUAGUGGUGAAAGUGGAGCUGGAAAAACAGAAACAACGAAGAUGCUUAUGAGAUAUCUUGCAUUCAUGGGUGGGCGGUCUGGUACAGAAGGAAGAACAGUAGAACAGCAAGUUCUGGAGUCGAAUCCUGUGUUAGAAGCAUUUGGAAAUUCCAAGACAGUAAAGAACAACAAUUCAAGUCGCUUUGGUAAAUUCGUGGAGAUCCAAUUUGACAAAUAUGGAAAGAUUUCCGGAGCAGCAGUUCGCACAUACCUUCUUGAGCGCUCUCGUGUCUGUCAGGUGUCCGACCCUGAGAGAAAUUAUCAUUGCUUUUACAUGCUCUGUGCUGCGCCACCUGAGGAUGCCAAGAAAUUCAAAGUUGCAGACCCAAGAACAUUCCAUUAUCUGAAUCAAAGUAACUGCUACGAAGUAGCAAAUGUGAAUGAUGCCAGAGAAUAUCUAGAGACAAGAAAUGCUAUGGAUGUUGUUGGAAUAAGUCAAGAGGAGCAGGAUGCUAUAUUCCAAGUUGUGGCAGCAAUACUUCACCUUGGAAAUGUUGAAUUCAAAAAAGGGAAGGAGGCUGAUUCUUCUGAACUGAAAGAUGAUAAAGCAAAAUACCACCUUCAAACUGCUGCAGAGCUUCUUAUGUGUAAUGUCAAGCCUCUUGAGGACUCCUUGUGUAAACGUGUGAUUGUCACACCGGAUGGAAAUAUAACAAAACUUCUCGAUCCAGAUUCAGCAGCCCUAAGUCGAGAUGCCUUGGCAAAGACAAUCUACUCUAGGCUGUUUGACUGGAUUGUGGACAAGAUCAACAGUUCCAUAGGACAGGAUCCUAAUGCAGUCAAUAUCAUUGGAGUACUUGACAUUUAUGGAUUUGAAAGUUUCAAGGUCAAUAGUUUUGAGCAGUUAUGUAUAAACCUUACAAAUGAGAAACUGCAACAGCAUUUCAAUCAGCAUGUAUUUAAGAUGGAGCAGGAAGAGUACACAAGGGAGGAGAUUAAUUGGAGUUACGUUGAGUUUGUCGACAAUCAAGAUGUACUAGACCUUAUUGAGAAGAAGCCAGGAGGAAUAAUCGCACUGCUAGAUGAAGCAUGUAUGUUCCCAAAGUCAACUCAUGAAACAUUUGCACAGAAGAUGUAUCAAACAUAUAAGAAUCAUAAGCGCUUCAGCAAGCCAAAACUUUCACGCACUGACUUCACAAUAAAUCAUUACGCUGGUGAUGUCACUUACCAGGCAGAUCAGUUCCUUGACAAGAAUAAGGAUUACGUCGUUGCAGAGCAUCAAGCCCUACUAAAUAACUCAGACUGCCCUUUUGUUGCGACCCUUUUUCCCCCUUUGUCUGAGGAAACUUCAAAAUCAUCCAAGUUCUCCUCCAUUGGUACCCGCUUCAAGCAACAACUGCAAGCUCUUAUGGAGACCCUCAGUACUACUGAGCCUCAUUACAUCAGAUGUGUCAAACCAAAUACUGUUCUGAAGCCGGGCAUCUUUGAAAACUUCAAUGUUUUAAACCAACUACGAUGUGGGGGAGUGCUAGAAGCAAUUAGGAUCAGCUGUGCAGGUUAUCCAACCAAAAGAACAUUUGAUGAGUUCAUCUAUCGCUUUGGAAUGCUCACUCCAGAUGUUUUAGAUGGCUCUGAUGAGAAAACAGCAUCCGCAGCCAUUUGCGACAGGAUGGGAUUAAAGGGCUACCAGAUUGGCAAGACGAAGGUGUUCCUACGAGCAGGGCAGAUGGCCGAACUCGACGCUAGAAGAAUUGAAGUCUUGGCGAACGCUGCCAAACGCAUCCAGAGACAAAUAAGAACACAUCUUACGCGGAGAGAGUUUAUUGCCUUGCGGAAGGCAUCAAUUAAUUUGCAGAAACUCUGGAGAGCACAGCUUGCUCGGAAGCUUUAUCAGUGCAUGAGAGAAGAGGCAGCUUCUAUUCGCAUGCAGAAGCAUGUGCGUGCAUAUAUAGACAGAAAAGCUUACAAAGACCUGCAGGCGUCAGCCAUUGUAAUGCAAACUGGUAUGCGUGCAUUAGCUGCCAAGAAUGAAUACAGGUAUAGGAGGAGAACACGCGCAUCAAUUGCAAUACAGACACAUUGGCGCAGAUUCAGCGCCCUUUCCAGUUAUAAGCAGCAAAAGAAGGCCACCAUUAAUCUCCAGUGUCUCUGGCGAGCACGAGUGGCAAGGAGAGAGCUUAGGAAACUCAGAUUGGCUGCUAGAGAAACAGGAGCUCUUAAGGAAGCCAAGGACAAGCUGGAAAAGCGCGUAGAGGAGCUUACGUGGAGAUUGGAGUUUGAAAAGCACGUGCGGCUUGACCUUGAAGAGGCAAAGGCGCAGGAGAUUGCAAAGCUGCAGUCUUCUCUCAGUGAAAUGCAGGUUCAGCUAGAUGAAGCCAAUGCUGCAAUAAUCAAGGAGAGGGAAGCUGCCAAGAUAGCAAUAGCGCAGGCACCCCCAGUCAUCAAAGAAGUGCCCGUCGAAGAUAACACAAGAAUAGAGGCAUUAACUCAUCGUAAUGAAGAGCUCGAGAAUGAACUGGCAAAUGUUAGAGCCAAGGCAGAGGAAUUUGAGAAAAGAUAUUGUGAAGCCCAAAAUGUAAGUGAAGAAAGGCUUGUGACCAUCGAGGAAAUACAGGCAAAACUUCAUCAGUUCCAAGAGAAUGUACAGAGACUUGAAGCUGACUUGUCUAACAUGGAGUCUGAAAACCAGAUUCUACGUCAGGAAGCAUUGGUUGCAUCAACAAACAAGGAUCUCUCAGAUGAAAUCAAGAUCCUCGAGGAAAAGAUAGCAAAACUGGAGCAAGAAAACAAGCUGCUUCAUGAACAAACAACAACUAUGCCAGCAACAAUUCCCACUCCACAGCCAGAGAUAUCCGCUUCGCUGACUGUGACCAAGAGGGAUCAGAACUUAGAAAAUGGGCAUCAAGUCAAAGAAGACCACAAAGUACAAGAGGAGUUGUCACUAGCAUUGCUUCGAUUAAGCAAACAAAAGUCGCUCACUGACAGGCAACAAGAAAACCAUGACUUGCUUAUCAAAUGUCUCAUAGAAGAUAAGAGAUUUGAUAAGAAGAGACCAGCUGCUGCUUGCAUCAUUUACAAAUCAUUAAUUCAGUGGCGAAGCUUUGAAGCUGAUAAAACCAACAUAUUUGACCGGAUUAUUCACACGAUACGCUCAUCUGUCGAAGCGAGUCAAAAUAGCAUCGGUGAACUCAGUUACUGGCUUUCAAUGACAUCCACAUUGCUAUUCCUUCUGCAAAAUACACUGAAAGCAAACAAGGCGCCCAGUAGGGCUUCACGUAGAGGAAAGCUAGCAUCAGCUACCUUAUUUGGACGAAUGGCGCAGGACUUCCGGUCCACACAGGCUGGAAUUGGCCUCUCCAGUGGGUACAGUGGAAUUGAAGGGGAACCAGAAAACAUAUCCAGGGUAGAUGCAAAAUACCCCGCUCUGUUGUUCAAGCAGCAACUUACAGCAUAUGUUGAGAAAAUCUAUGGCAUGAUCCGGGACAGUCUAAAGAAGGAAAUCGCUCCAUUUCUUAAUACUUGCAUUCAGGCACCUAAAGCUUCAAGGUCUAGACCAGCACGAGGGUCAUCUAAAAGCAUCCUUUCAAUUACAGUAGCAAAACAAGCAUCCAUGGUACAUUGGCAAAGUAUAGUGACGUGUCUGGACAGCACCUUGGGCAUCAUGUGUGAGAACCACGUACCUCCAAUGAUCAUAAGGAAGACAUUCAAUCAGGUCUUCUCAUUCGUCAAUGUGCAGCUUUUCAACAGUUUAUUAUUACGACGCGAAUGCUGCUCAUUCAGCAAUGCGGAGUAUGUCAAAGCAGGCCUACAGGAACUGGAGCUGUGGUGCUCUAAAGCCACAGAAGAGUUUUCUGGUACAUCCUGGGAUGAGCUCCAACAUAUUCGGCAGGCUGUGGCCUUCUUGGUCCUCCUCCAGAAGCCAACCAGAUCCUUGCAUGAGAUCACCGACGAGCUGUGCCCGGUCUUAAGUGUGCCACAGAUAUACAGAAUUGGGACCAUGUUCUGGGAUGACAAGUACGGCACACAGGGUCUAUCACAAGAAGUUAUUAGCAAGAUGAGAGUGCUGAUGACAGAGGAUUCUAUCAGCAUGCCUAACAAUUCUUUCCUGCUUGAUGAUGAUUCAAGCAUACCCUUCUCUCUGGACGACAUAGCAAGAUCUGCAAUGGACAUACACCUCUGUGAUGUUGAACCGCCUCCCCUUCUCAGGCAGAACUCGGAGUUCCAUUUCUUGCUGCAACGUGCAGAGUGAAAUGGCAAUUUUGCUAGUAUUGCAUAGCAAGCGUGUGGAAUUUUCCUUUCACCAUGUAAAAAUUCAUAGUUGGUCAUCUUUUUUUUUUUUUUUUAUUGAAUCCCAUUGAUUUUUUCUUCUUUUGGGGUCAUUAUUUUAAUCUUCAAUCUCCUUGUAUUUGAGGUUGUGCCCUUUACUAAAUAGGUCCGUGAGUGUGAAUGAGAUUUUACAUGGACGUGUAACUGAUCGUGUAUUGAAUUCUUUUUCUCCAAUACAAUAAA